UCUAGAUGGCCUUGACCCCUCUUUCUAUAGGUGCCCAUGGCAGGCUGGGCCCUAUGCGUGGCCCUGCUGCUGGCAGCUCUGGCAGGGGCAGAGGGCGAAAGCCGCUAUGAGAAGUUCCUGCGGCAGCAUGUGGACUACCCCCGGACACCCACGAUGGCGGCACACCGCUACUGCGAGACCAUGCUGGCCCGCCGGCGAGUGACAGCCCCAGGCCGGCCCUGCAAGCCCUCCAACACCUUUGUGCAUGCUCCAGCAGAGGACCUGGUGGCUGCCUGCACGCAGACGCCUGACGCGGCAGGGUUCCACAGCACCUCGGUACCCAUGGACCUCACAGCCUGCCGCCUGCGUGGGGGAGACACCCGGCCCCCUUGCGCCUACCGGGCCCGGCAGGUCCAGCACCACGUGCGCGUUGCCUGCCUUAACGGGCUGCCCGUGCACCUUGCUGGCACCAAUGCGCCCGCAGUUUAG